AUGAGGGUUUUGCUUGCUGUCGCUGCUCUUGUGGCUGUGGCUGGUGCAGCCAGUAUGUCUUUGGAGGAUCUGGAGUUCCACACCUGGAAACUGAAGUUUGCUAAGAGUUAUGGUUCAGUGGAAGAAGAGUCUCGACGUAAGAUGAUCUGGCUGGACAAUCGUAAACUGGUCCUGGAGCACAACAUGCUGGCUGACCAGGGCAUCAAAAGCUACAGACUCGGCAUGAACCACUUUGCAGAUAUGGAUAAUCAGGAGUACCAGCAGAUGUUCAAGGGCUGCCUGGGAUCCUUUAAUGAGACCAAGAUCGAGAGUGCAACUACAUUUCUCCAACCGGUAGAGGGCGCUGCUCUGCCUAGCGCUGUGGACUGGAGGGCUGAGGGCUAUGUGACUGAGGUUAAGGACCAAAGUCAUUGUGGCUCCUGUUGGGCCUUCAGUGCGACAGGGGCGCUCGAGGGUCAGAUGUUCAAGAAGACAAAGAAGCUGGUAAGCUUGAGCGAGCAACAGCUGGUGGACUGCUCUGGGAGUUCUGGAAACUAUGGCUGUAACGGUGGUCUGGCAUACCAGGCCUUUGACUACAUCAUGAAAAGUGGAGGCCUGGAGACAGCGUACACCUAUCCAUACCAGGCCAAGGAAGGGCUGUGCAGGUUUAAUAAACAGAAAGCUUGGGCUAAGUGUUCCGACUAUAAAAUGGUGAAGAGCACAGAAGACGUUCUGCAGUACGCUGUGGCCACAGUCGGGCCUAUUUCUGUAUCUUUAGAUGUCUCCCACGACAGCUUCCAGCUCUAUGAGUCAGGUGUGUAUGAUGAGCCAAACUGCAGCAGCACUAAGCUGGGUCACGCCAUGCUGGCUGUUGGUUACGGCACUGAUGAGCAGGGAAGGGACUACUGGCUGGUCAAGAACAGCUGGGGUGUUAACUGGGGUGAUGAAGGCUACAUCAAGAUGUCCAGGAACAAGGAUAACCAGUGUGGUAUUGCCACAAGAGGCUCCUACCCUGUGGUUUAAAGACUGGAGAGAGCCAGAACCUGAAAACCCCAGAGGAGG